AUGUGUGGAAUCUUCGGUUACAUCAACUACCUGGUCGAGCGUGACCGCCAGUUCAUUAUUGACACACUCCUCAAUGGCCUGUCAAGAUUGGAGUACCGUGGUUACGACUCAGCUGGUAUGGCCGUCGAUGGCGACAAGAAGAACGAAGUCCAGGCGUUCAAGGAAGUUGGCAAAGUCGCCAAGCUGCGCGAACUCAUUGCCGAGACCCAGCCCGACAUGACCAAGACCUUUGAGUCUCAUGCCGGUAUCUCUCACACCCGUUGGGCCACCCACGGCACCCCUUCCCGCCAGAACUGUCACCCCCACCGAUCUGACCCCUCCUGGGAGUUCUCUGUCGUCCACAAUGGAAUCAUCACCAACUACAAAGAAUUGAAGGCGCUGUUGGAGACCAAGGGCUUCCGCUUCGAGACCGAGACCGAUACCGAGUGCAUUGCCAAGCUGGCCAAGUACUUGUACGACCAGCACCCCGAUAUCGAGUUCACUGUCCUGGCCAAGGCGGUCAUCAAGGAGCUGGAGGGCGCUUUCGGUCUACUCCUCAAGUCCGUCCACUACCCCCAUGAGGUCAUUGCGGCUCGCAAGGGUUCUCCCUUGGUCGUCGGUGUGCGCACCACCAAGAAGAUGAAGGUCGACUUUGUCGAUGUCGAAUUCUCCGAGGAUGGUCCUCUUCCCGCCGAGCAGGCCUCCCAGAAUGUCGCCCUCAAGAAGUCGGCGGCCAGCCUCCUCGCCCCUCCCGACAAGUCCCUGCUGCACCGCUCUCAGUCUCGUGCUUUCCUCUCCGAUGACGGCAUCCCCCAGCCCGCGGAAUUCUUCCUGUCCUCCGAUCCCUCCGCCAUCGUCGAGCACACCAAGAAGGUUCUGUACUUGGAAGACGACGACAUUGCCCACAUCCACGAUGGACAGCUCAACAUUCACAGACUCACCAAGGAUGACGGCACCUCCAACGUGCGUGCCAUCCAGACCAUUGAGCUGGAGCUCCAGGAGAUCAUGAAGGGCAAGUUCGACCACUUCAUGCAGAAGGAAAUCUUCGAGCAACCCGAGUCCGUCGUCAACACCAUGCGUGGUCGUUUGGACGUCGCCAACCAGAUGGUCACCCUGGGUGGCCUGCGCCAAUACAUCUCCACCAUUCGCCGCUGCCGUCGUCUGAUCUUCAUUGCCUGUGGUACCAGCUACCACUCCUGCAUGGCUGUGCGUGGUGUGUUUGAGGAGCUGACUGAGAUUCCUAUUGCCGUGGAGCUGGCCUCCGACUUCUUGGAUCGUCAGGCUCCCGUUUUCCGUGACGACACUUGCGUGUUCGUCUCCCAGUCGGGUGAGACCGCGGACUCCCUGAUGGCUCUCCGCUACUGCCUGGAGCGUGGCGCCCUGACCGUCGGUGUCGUCAACGUCGUCGGUUCCUCCAUCUCGCUCCUGACCCACUGCGGUGUCCACAUCAACGCUGGUCCCGAAAUCGGUGUCGCCUCCACCAAGGCUUACACCUCUCAAUUCGUCGCCAUGGUCAUGUUUGCGCUCUCCCUGAGCGAGGACCGCGCCUCAAAGCAGAAGCGCCGCGAGGAGAUCAUCGAGGGUCUCGGCAAGGUCUCGGAUCAGUUCCGCGAAAUCCUCAAGCUGAACGAGCCCAUCAAGGAGAUGUGCGCCAAGUUCUUCAAGGACCAGAAGAGUCUGCUCCUGUUGGGCCGUGGUGCUCAAUACCCCACCGCUCUCGAGGGUGCCCUUAAGAUCAAGGAGAUCUCAUACCUUCACUGCGAGGCUGUCAUGUCUGGUGAAUUAAAGCACGGUGUCUUGGCCCUGGUUGACGAGAACCUGCCCAUCAUCAUGAUCCUUACCCGUGACAACCUAUUCACCAAGUCCCUGAACGCCUACCAACAGGUCAUCGCCCGUGGUGGUCGCCCCAUUGUCAUCUGCAACGAGGACGAUCCCGAGUUCUCCUCGGCCCAGACGGAGAAGAUUGUUGUCCCCAAGACCGUGGACUGCCUCCAGGGUCUUCUGAACGUCAUCCCUCUGCAGUUGAUCUCCUACUGGUUGGCUGUCGGUGAGGGUCUGAACGUCGACUUCCCCCGUAACUUGGCCAAGUCCGUCACGGUGGAGUAA